UUCGAAGUAGCUCAUCCGCAUCCACCGGCUGAUAUUCACGUACCCAACUCCCAGAAGCACCGAUUCAGAGGACCGUCAAUGUCCCUUCCCCAGCCAGACAAUGGCGGCCAUGCCCUUACAUGGGAUUCUAGCGUAAGGGUAAGGUGUUGGUUCCGCUCUGGAGAUGGGAUGCUUCGUAACCACAUCUUCGUCAACAGAUACGCACUGUGUCUGAUUUAUCCAUGUGCAGUGAGCAGGAUGAACACCCAGCCACCCAGGAUAUCCUGCAUAUGAUUCCAUCAGUUGGAAAGACAGUUGUGCCUCUCAGUCAGCUAUGUGACGAACUGAGUCGAAGUACUCAAGCCGAGGGUGCUACGGUGACCUCAAUUGUUCGGUAUUCAGGGAAGGGUAGCCUGAGCCAUCGGUUUGUACUUCUCGCUGGAGAAAGAAAUGGACACGAGUUUUGGAUUCGUCUUGAUCGCCGCCCCAACACCCAGAGCACAUUCAGAUUGCUUUUCUCACCGCCUGACGGAGGCGCGAAAGAUGCAAAUUUAGCAUUAAAUCAGGCGCACGUUCUCGAAGACCAGGAGAAAAUGGAAGCUCAAGUACAUUUUCCCACUCCUAUUCCUCUUAAAUCUUUUGGAACGGUACUCAAUAUCAUCCGGGAUGGCUCAACGUUAUAUGGACUGAGAAAAGAGAAUUGCUGGUUUUUUUCAUCUGUUAUCCAGGAGAUAUCAAUUCAGUUUUUCGGUGGCUCCUUUCGUAGACUAGAUCGUCUGAACCACCCAACCUUGUCCUACCCCCUUCGUAAAGCAAUCAAAGCGAGGAUGUAUGCCAUGCACCCCCCACCCAUCGCGACCUCGAUUAAAGACCUCGAAUCGCUCGCCCUUAUGACACAUGAUCCAAAGAUCCGAACAGUUUUCGUAAAUCUAGCGCGGGUUACUGAGAUUCAGGCCGUAAGUGGAGCUUCCCACUGUUCCGCCUUGCAUCGCCAUCGUGACCAAUUAAAUUACUCAGAGGCUAGUGCACUGCUGCAGCGUAGAUGAUAUCAAAGUUUGGCCAGGCCUCAAGCCAUCUUUGAUGCAGCUGGCUAUGGAUUGUCAAAGCGUUGUUUACGAGCAUCUUCAUUAUUUAUGUGAUGUCACGGGUGCACGACAACUCCAGGAUCUUGCAUUGGUUGACUUUGGUCAUAAAUUGGAUGAGUGGCGACGGUCAGGUGGGUCGGCGCUUGG